AUGCCCUUGAGUCUGAGCUCCCAAACCGCUGCCCAGACAUCCACGUCGAGUUCCACUGGUCCAGCUGCGACUGCAUCAGCUUCUGGCUCUGGCCCAGCACCUACGCUGCUGGAUUUCAUGUAUCCGGUGGUUUCCUCUGCCAAUAGUUAUCCUGGCUACCAAGCGCUGCCAGAAGUGGCGCCCCAGAGCUCCAGCUACCACCUGAGUAUCAAUAACACCCCGGCCACUCCGCUUAACAAUAACUAUACAGCGUCCGCUGCCAUGUUAGCUCCCCACAAUUCAAUUCCGGGCCCCAGUGCUCCCAUGAUGGCUCAGCACCCGCUUGUAGGCGGGCCCGGCCCGCUGUCACACCCAGUUCCGUUUGCCGGGCCUCAGGUGCAAGAAAAAUGCACUUGCAAGUCGAAUCCGAACCGUAUUCCUCGUCCCAGAAAUGCUUUUAUUUUGUUUCGCCAAAAGUACCACCAAUCGGUGCUUGACGAGUCCACGGAAGCGAAAACUAACCCAGAAGUGUCCCGUGAAUUGGGUCGCCGCUGGAGAUCGCUUUCGCCUCAGGAAAGAGAACACUGGACGAAUUUGGCUGAAGAAGAGAAGAAGAACCACGCUAAAAAAUACCCAAACUACCGCUACACGCCUCGUAGACACGGCAAGGGCAAGCACUGUCCGUCGUGUCAGCAGAAGCACAUGCGUCAGGCCCAAAUGAACCAACAGCAGCAGCAACAACAGCAACAACAGAAACAAAAUAUGAUGCGUAGUCUGCUGUCGGAUCAGGACGGCUUGUUGGGACAACAAAAUUUACAAAAGCUGCCAUUGAACCAGUCGCUGAAUUUUGCUCCACAAAUGCAGCCUUUCCUGCUCCAACAGCAGUACUCGCUGGGCCAGCAGUCGUUAUCAGGACAACCUUUGCAACAGCCAUUGCAACAAUCGCAACAGCCACAGCAACAAGGCAAUCCUUAUAUGCUGCUGCAAAUGGGCCAGUUUGUGUUUCAAAGUCCUUUUAAUCAAGUUGGGCCUCAGUUUGGCUUCCCUGAACAACAGCAACAACAACCACAACAACAACAGCAACAGCAACAGGCACAAGGUCUGCCUCAGCAGCAGGUUGUUCUGGGACAAGGCCAGGGCCAACAUCCUAAUGAAAAGAUGGGCUUUGUUGACAUGAACCAGCCGCACUUUAUGGGCUACGAACAAGGUGGUUCACAUCAACAAAGGUUUAAUUCCUUGCCCACGGCCGCCAUGGGAGGCAGCUCCUACAAUGGCCACGAGGUGUAUAUGCAACCGCAAGCACCACACCAAAGAUGA